CCCCCUGUCUUCCUUUCCCAAUUUUCCUUCAGACCCAAAUCUCUCUCUUUCAACCUUCUUAUCCUUUCAGUUUCAAAGCUGGUACAGACAAAACACCAUCACAUAUAUAUAUAGACACACACAUAUAUAUCAUACUUAUCCAUACACUGUUCUUGUUCUUCAACUCCCUCUCCCUCCCUAGCUCUCUCUUUCUCUAUUUUCUUGUGUUGUGUUCUGUUUCAAUUUGAUUAUUGUUUACAAUUAUGGGGAGGUCACCUUGCUGUGAGAAAGCCCAUACAAACAAAGGGGCAUGGACCAAAGAAGAAGACCAACGCCUCAUCGACUACAUCCGCAUCCAUGGCGAAGGUUGCUGGCGCUCCCUUCCUAAACAAGCUGGGUUGCUUAGAUGCGGCAAGAGCUGCAGGCUGAGGUGGAUCAACUACCUAAGGCCUGAUCUCAAGCGUGGAAAUUUCACCGAAGAAGAAGACGAGCUCAUUAUCAAGCUCCACAGCUUACUCGGAAACAAAUGGUCUUUGAUUGCGGGGAGGUUACCUGGACGAACUGAUAAUGAGAUCAAAAACUACUGGAACACCCACAUCAAGAGAAAGCUCCUAACUCGCGGCCUUGACCCUCAAACCCACCGCCCCCUCAACGAGGCCGGCGCCGCCGCCACCGCCGCCACGGCAGCUUCUCGGUUGGAUUUCAGAAACGGGUCCCCACCGUUUUUGUCAGUCGAGAAAAUCAACAGUCUAAUGGAUCAAACCAACUUCAAGAACAACAACAACAACAACUCGACCAACAACAACAAGAAGAUGAAUCUCCUGUUCAAACCCAAGAAAGAAGAAGAGUACAGCUACAACAAGAACAUGAACAACUUCGAAGAGGCGAAUUGCAGCAGCAGUGGCACAACAACAGAGGAAGAUCAACAACAGCAACAGAAGCCAGAUAUCAUGUACAAGUGUGGUGACCUAAACUUGGACCUCUCAAUAGGGCUGGAGCCGUUUCAAUCCGAGCCGACUCGGGCAUCGUCGGGAAACUCGGCAGAGUCGAAACUGACUCGGAGGGCUUCUAAUAAUUACGACAUGUUUGCUCAGGCGGCGGCGGUGUGUCUGUGUUGCCAGGUGGGGUUUCAGAGCAGUGAGGCACGCAGGAGUUGUCAGUGCACAAAUGGCUUCUACAGAUUUCGCAGACCCUUGAAUUCAUAGUCAUUUUUCUUCUUCUUCUUUUUUUCUGUUUUUGGGGUUAAACAUAAAUUUCCUAAAUUUCAAUGUUAUAGAUGAAUUUGGUAUAGUUUAAGGUAAUUCACUUUUGAAAAUGUAACUUUUAUUACAUACAGCAAAGAACAACCUAUUGGUAUCUCCAUAUAA